AUGAACUCUUCAAAUGUACCUAUAAGUGAAGAACCAUGUGUUGUGUUCCCCUGGGAAACUUGUCAUGACAAUGAAAUGCAAAUAAAAGAUUCUUUUGAGCAUAACUAUCUUGACCAUUUAAGCAAUUUAAAAAUUGAAUCAAAUUCAUCACAAAAUACAUUAACCACUAUAGCUUGUGGCGUCCUGCAUAACGUGACUAAAGGAUUAAUUGAAGAGUUUUGUGAAAGGGGUGCAUCUAUGGUAAUAUUUGAUUUUAACGGUUUAUCAUUUGAACAGAGUCAAAAAAUGGUCUUCGAAAUUCGCCAAGGGGUUUUUAAUUACAGCCUUAAAAACAACAAUCAAGUACCGUAUUCAAUGACUUUAGUACUCGAUCUUGGAGGAUCUUGCAUAAAGACUGGAAGCCUAUUCCUUACAACACCCAUACAACGUUUGAUUGAAUUAUCGACGAAUGCUCAUGUUUAUGUCACCAACGACGUUGAGUACAAAUUUAAGUGUACGGAGGACCGUAUUUAUGUGAACAGUGAUAUGAUUUUUCGGCUCAAAACUAACGAUCGGAUCUACUUGGACUACGGCAAAAUCGAACUUGCUGUAAUCAGAGUGGACGAGGAUGAGGUGUAUUGCGUGAUAAAGCGAGGAGAAUUUUUGGGUUCCGAAAAAACAGUGCACAUACCGAAGAUACCGAUUGGCUCGAUUGCACUUUCUAAACUAGACGAGGAAAAAAUUCGCACAGGGAUUCAGCUUAAAGUGGACGUGAUCUUGGUGCCAGGCGUCAGAAAUUCAGUGUUUUUCGACCACGUCCGCAAGUUUGUCGACAGAGAACGAGGUGGGGAAAUUAGUCUGUUCUCCAAAAUUGAUAACACUGUCGGACUGGAGAACAUCGAUGAUUUCUUACCGGUCGUGGACGGUGUGUUUCUGAAUCGACCGAACUUGUCAAUGGAGGUUGGUCAUGACAAGAUAUUUCUGGCACAGAAGAUUGUCUUAUCUAAAUGCAACUUAGCUGGAAAACCGACCAUCACUUAUGGGGAAUAUCUCAAUUCCAUGGAAGUAAGUACGGUACCUACAAAUGCCGAAGUAAAUGAUCUCAUAAAUACCGUAAUGGAUGGAACCGACUGCAUAUAUCUGGACGUAACGAUGCGCAGUGAAAACAAAACGCAUUGCAUUCAGUACGCGUCUUCACUAUGCCGUCAGGGUGAAGCAACCAUAUGGGAACAACAGUUAUUCACGGAACUCAACAAAAAGUCCAAACCAAAAGUCGAUCCUGCCCAUGCGGUUAGCAUAGGGUGCGUUGAGGUAUCGUUUAAAUGUCAUGCAGCCGCAAUUAUUGUGAUCACCACGUCCGGGCUGUCAGCUCAGUUCAUCGCUAGGUACAGGCCAAGAUGUCCCGUAUUGGCGAUCGUCAGGCACGGAAAGUCCGCGAGAAAGCUAUCAGUGUGGCGUAAUGUCAUAGCUUUGCAGUACAUUGAUCCAAUAGAAAACAUUUGGUCAAAGGAAAUCGAAAACCGUACAAGGUUUGCGAUGGAUUUUGGAAAGAGAAAAGGAAUAUUGCAUCAGGGAAAUUUGGUCUUGCACAUGAGUUGCUCUAAACAAAACGCGGGUUUUGCUAACACCAUGAGUCUAUUCUACGUCAGUGCUGGAGACUCCAUCGUUAACGAUUCACACUUAAAUUAAAUUUUACAAGAAUAAAACACAUUUUAAAAACAGAUUUUUACUCAAUAUU